UUUUUCGGCUCACCAUAGGACAUCGUAAACAAAUAAAGUGAGACGGAUCUCAAACUUAGAUGAGAAGUUCAUCACAACUGGAAUAGAGUUAUGAACGGUUUGUGUGAACCCGAGGAAGGCUUCAACGUUGGAAAUGGUCGAUUUCUCACGAACAUCGCGGUGGGCACGGUGGGCGCGACCUAGCUUCGGAGGGUCGUUGGUCGGUUUGUGGAGCUUCGCGGUUUCAAAGGGUUCAAAAGAAAGAAGCUUUAUUUAUUAGUAAACAGCGACACAGACACACACACUCUCUCUCACUCUCUCUCUCUCUCUCCAUGAAGAAGAAGAAGAAGAGAGCCGCCCCUGAGGUCCUCCGGAGGGCGUAUGGUAGCCGCGUGCGCACGUUAGCAGAUACAAUCUUAUCUCUGUUGCCACUGCCUUUGGCAGAAGAAUGCCGGUGCAAAGGCCGGUGCUGCCUCAUCUGCAGUGGACGGCCUUUCCUUGUGAGGGACGGGGACACCUCUGACUAUCGCCGGAUUCUGACGCAAGGUUUCGCCGUCUUAUCUGACGACACGCCUCUAAUUGCCGCAUUCUCUCCUGAUCAGCGGUGGCCACAGCAUAGUCAACAUCAUUUCAGUCCCAUUGCUGAUGUUCUUACUACAUCAGCUUGGUGUCUUCUUUUAACAAGGAUUGGGGAUUGUCUCAUGGCUCACCUCCUGAAGUAUGCAUCUAUAUUUUUGCCCCUUCCUAGAAAGAACCACCUUCAGGUCACUGGUCCUCCUAUCAAUGAAUCUCCUCGACGUCAACGUUCCAAGGUUCCGGAGCAUAAAACAUUUGGGUUUCAAUCAGGGGUCAAAAGUUUUCAACCUUCAUCUGUAGCAAACCAUGCUGAAUAUGGACAACGAAAGAAGAGGCGAGCUGAAAUGGAAAUUGAUGAUAAGUUUAUGUGUGAUGCUACUGUAUCUAUGCAGCAGCCCAGUACAUCACUAUGCACUGAUAAAUUGACAGGUUCUGUUAUCACUGAUGUUGGAGGUAAGCCCAAAAAGCGUGUCAGGCGAUUUCGCUGGCAGCGAUGUAGAAAGCGCAGGAUGAUGGAUUUCCGAGAAGUAAAUGUUCUGAAUGAUUACUUCACUUCUAAUAAUGUUAAAGACAACUCAAGUGGAAAACUAGAACAAAGCUCUAAUGCUGACUUAAGUUAUUCUGGGAAACGCAAGUGGUCAUGCGAUGUAGUGACACAGAAACAUGCCUUGGAAGGACAACAACUUUGCACUACUGAAUCCAAUGCUUUGAAAAAUGAUGAAGCGAUUGUCAGUGUAAGUCUGCACCGAUCACAUCCCAGAGAGAUGUAUCUGGAAGAAGUAAUCUUCCAAUCUUCAGGAAUUGUUAUCGACUCUGAUUUGAUUCACGUUAGUCCAGAAAUAUUAGAAGUGAAACAAGGUGCUUUUAAAAAGUCUCUGUCUUCAGGAAUUGUUAUCGAUUCCAAUUGGAUUAGUACAGAAAUCAACUUGAGACGAGAUGCUUUUAACAAAUCGCUAUAUUUGGAAGGGACUUCAGCGAAUCUGUCGAAGGGAUCAUCCUGCGAUGUCACACAUUCUGGUUCAAGAAUUGAUUUCCCCCAAAAGGUGCUUCCCUCCCAGGAGUUUGAGAAGCAAUGUCCUUGUCUGGUACCCUCUAAGAAGUGCUUUUACUGUUUGAUGCUGCAAGCGCCACGAAACGUUGAAAGGGGAGCUCAAGUGAAGAGACAGUGCAUGUUCUAUACUUCUAGUCUGUCUCGUUCUAUUUUUCCAAGAAAUCAUAUACUAAACAAAUUGAAGCCCAAUGAUUUUGGUGCAACUACUCUUAUGAGGUGUAUCUUUGGCUUACCUGAUGAACAUAAAGGUGCUGAUUCUGUGCCUUGUUGUCAUGACAACAACGCUUGUCCCAUCAAAUCUGAAUGCCUAUACCAUUCACUUAUUGACUCCCUUAAAAACCUCAUACGGAAAGCUCGACAUUGCCAGUACUUGAAAUUGUUGGGUAGACAUUGCUCAAUUCCAACUUUACAUUCGUGUACCAAUGUAGAAGAUGGAUCCACCUCACAGGAACGUGAAAUGCAUAUGAAAUUAUCAUUGUUUCGGGUGCUGACACGAAAGAAAACAAAUACUGGGUUGAAGUCAGUGAGUAAACUUUGUUUGAGAAAAUCUUAUGGCCAUGUUAAUAUACAGCAGGAGGGAUCUCCUUUGGAAACUUCCAGACUCUAUCAUAAUCAGUUGAAGCUAAGCAGAUCUUAUUGUAAACACAAACAGGUAGUUUCAUUUAUAUGGGCUGCUUGCAGGAGUAUAAUUCCUCUUGAUUUACUCGGGUGCAGUUCUAAUUGGAGAGCUUUAAGAAGAAAUAUUUCAAAGUUUGUCCAAUUGAGGAGAUAUGAAAAAAUCUCUCUCAACCAAUGUAUGCAUAGAUUGAAAACAUCAUUUUUUCCGUUGCUGUCGAAAGUAAGAGUAUCUUCUUCCUGCAUGUUUAAUCUUUCAAUGAAAGAUGAGCUUGGAAAGCGUGCAAAUAUGUUUGAAGGAAACAAGAAAUCAGGUGAUGCCAAAGCUUUUCUGAGAAAUAAGCUUUUUGAAAGUUGGAUUUUUUGGUUGUUUUCAAGUCUAGUGAUUCCCAUCAUACAAUCCAACUUCUAUGUCACGGAAAGUGAAGCUGGAAAACAAGAUAUAUUUUAUUAUCGGAAGCCAAUUUGGAAGAAACUAAUGAAGAUGUCUAUUAGUUGUUUGAGGAAACGAAAUUAUCGCUCAGUGGAUCUUGUUUCUUUCAGAAAUAUCAUAAGGAAAAGAUCGUUUGGUUUCUCAAAAGUUAGAUUUCUUCCGAAAGAAAAUGGAGUAAGGCCUCUAGCGAAUCUUAAAGCACCAUCUAAAAUAUUGCUCCCUGUCCAAGGGGUUUCUUCAAAAUGUUGUUCUCUUCGGGUGGAUAGGAAAGCAGGAGUCAGACUCCAACCGGAGAUUCCCUUGAAUGAAUGUAAGCUUAUUCAUUUCAAGUCCGUGAAUUCAGUUCUUCGUGAGUUAUUUGUGGUUCUAAAUGGAAUAAAGGCAGAGCAUCCAUGGGAAUUAGGGUCAUCAGUGUUCGAUUAUAAUGACAUAUACAAAAAGCUGUGCCCAUUUAUUAUUGGUUUGAGGAAUCAAUCCAUGACUAUGCCGAGGGUGUUUAUUGUCAUUUGUGAUGUAUCCAAGGCGUUUGAUUCAAUUGACCAGGAUAAACUGCUCAGCGUGAUGAAAUGCCUCAUACACAACAAUGAAUAUCAUGUAAAAAAAUAUGCACAAGUUUCCUGCACGAAGAAGUCAUUGAGGGUCCAUUAUGAGCAAGUAUGUGUUGAAAGAAGCAGUGUCACUGAUAUAAAAAAAUUUGCGCCUUCUGUUCCAUUCCAUUCAUCAAACUGUGUUCUUGUUGAUCAGGUCCAAUGUAAACAGGUUAGGCGGGGAACACUUCAUCACCUUCUUCGUGAACAUGUGAAGCACAAUCUGCUGCAGCUAGGUCAGAAUUUAUACUUGCAAGAAGUUGGUAUACCUCAAGGAAGCGUGUUGUCCGCUCUUCUUUGUUCAUUUUACUAUGGCCAUCUUGAAAGAAAUGUGAUUUUUCCCUUGCUUGAAAAUUCUCAUGAGCUCCUUACUGUCGGAUGUGGAAACUGUGGAGAACAAGAUGUCACUAGAUGCCUGCACAUCCAUGAAGAUCAUGUUACAAGAAAAAGUGAUGAUUGUUAUGAAAAUCAAAGCUCGGCUGGACCUACGCAUAUGCUACUUAGAUUAAUAGAUGACUUUCUUUUCAUAUCGACCUCAAAGAAGCAGGCCACAAGCUUCCUGUCCAUGUUGCAAAGGGGCUUUGGAGAUUACAACUGCUGGAUGAAUGAUGGAAAAUUUCACAUGAAUUUUGAUCCUGAAUACCAAUCAGAGAUUCUGCCAAAUACAAUGUAUACUGGUGAAGACGGUGUAUCAUUGCUUCCCUGGAGUGGUUUGCUUGUCAACUGCCGCACCCUAGAAAUUCAAGCGGAUUACACAAGGUAUUGGACUACACAUAUGAGCUCCACACUUACGGUUAACAGCCAAUCUAACCCAAGCUCCUGUUUGAAGGCAAAGUUGUGUGAUUAUAUGAGACCUAAGUGCCACCCUAUAUUUUAUGACUCCAACAUUAACUCUCCAGCCAUCGUCAGAUUGAAUGCUUAUCAAGCCUUUCUGCUAUGUGCAAUGAAGUUCCACUGUUACAUCUUCACCAUGUCGAAGACUGGUCUCAGUCCAAAUUUCUAUCUGGAGAUUAUUCAAAGAUCUUUUAGCUACAUGUACAAACUUAUCAAGAAACGUGUGCAUGGCAUGAAUUUUAGUUCUAACCAUCGCCCGAUUCUGCGAUUGAGGAAAGAAGAAGUUCAAUGGCUUGGGCUAUCUGCAUACAUUCGAGUGCUGAGGAAGAAACAGUCACGGUACGUGGAGUUGCUGGCACUUUUGAGGUCCAAGGUUGGGACAUACAGGAGGAUGGAGAGUAACUCCUCAGACUUGAAAUAUGCAGUUGAUGAUUCACAUUCCUCCCUAUUUUGGAAAAUCAAGUACUAGGUUGGGGAUUGAAAGGCAGUUGAUUUGUCGGAAUCUGUGUAGGAAUUUCCUCGGUAACUAGCAUUUUCCUUCUUGUAUUGAGUUUUGGACUUUGGAGUGGCCCUUAUCAGCAACCGAACACACAUUGAUGAAAAGGUGAAAUUGGAAAGCCUUUUUACUAAAGUAAAAGGUGGUGGGAUGAGUACAGAAUAUUUAAAUUUGAAAAUAACAUUUUGGGCC